CCGCCCGACACUCGCGGGCGGGGCCACGGUGAAAACGAGGCUGGGCCGGGGGCUACGCGUGGAGACGCUUGACGGUCGCGGAACGGACCCGGAUGGCGGAGCGCCCCCUGCCGGCGCGUGGGGUGGCCCAGGAGAUGCGUUGCGUCCUGCACUGGUUCUCGGGCUGGGCGCCCCCCCAGCGCCAGCGCUUCCUGCGGGACCUGCUGGCCAAGGCUGUGCCCGGCAAGCUGCGCCCCCUGCUGGAGGAGCUGGAGGGGCUGAGCCUCUCCGGGGCACCCGCCCCGCCCCCCUCCCUCUUCCAGUGCCAGCUGCGCCUCUGGGACCAGUGGUUCCGGGGCUGGAACGAGCCGGAGCGCAACCACUUCCUGGCCCGGCUGGAGCAGGUCGACCCAGACUUCGCCGCCCACUUCUACUGCCAGCUGGCGGCCACCGCCGGGCAGGAAUAGGUGGCUGGGGGCUGCCCCCCGGUGCCGCACCAGGCUCCCCCUUCCCGGUCUGCGCUGGGGAGUGAAACCCCCCCCACAUCUGCUCACCAGGCUCCAUUCCGCGGAAGCAGUUUACGUAGGACCUACCGUAAGCUGGCAUGUUUACAGAGCACCUGCAAAACGUCACCAGCAGGGGGCUCUGUGACAACCCCUUCCCCAGUGUGGCUGGAUGAGCCUCGAUUUCAUUGAGGACUUCUGUUUAUGUGGGUCCUACAGUAAGUCGGCCUGUUGACGUAGGACGGAGAAGAAGUCGGCAGCUGUGGGAAAGGCGUCUCUCAGGAUGCACAUCGCUGUCCUCAGGUGACAAUAAGUGAGUCUGUUUCUGUAGGGCCUACACAUCAUUGUAUCAGCCAGCCACGUGCCCAGCGGGCGACCCGCUCUGUGCCAGCCUCCAGGCCAGUCACCACGGUGGCAUCUGUUGAUAUAGGCCCUACAAUGCUUUCCGCGCCCCACCCGCAGUGUGAGCUACACCAAUGGCAGUUUCUUCAUGGGGACUCGUUUACAUAGGACCUACAGGCCUGUCCUGAGUGCCUGGAGCAGCCAGCGGAGGCCCGGGGAGGAGGACCGGGGGGGCGGUCACCGAGUUGUUUAUAAACAGUGAAUGGGUCCAAAAGCA